AUGUCGCAGGGCCGUGUGACGAAAUUGGACACGGCGAGCUACCACGUUGCCUGGAUAUGCCCCGUGGCCAGUCUCGAGUUGACUCCAGCGCGCUUGCUGCUAGACGAAUCACACGAGCGCCCUGAAAUCGACGGUCAAUAUGAUGACAAUAUUUACAAAUUCGGCUCGAUGGCGGGGCACAACGUUGUCAUCGCCACGUGCCCUGCUGGUAUGACUGGCCAGGUUGGCGUCGGAUCUAUCGCGGGGCCGCUGUUCAAGACUUUCCCUAAUAUUAGGAUGACACUGCUCGUCGGCAUAGGUGGCGGCGUUCCUCAGAAGCAUUUGUUUUCUGAACCCCUUCAGGACGUGCGUCUUGGGGAUGUGGUUGUCGGUUGGCCUAGCUCUAAAGACGGUAAACCCGCUGUCAUUUGCUACGACGCGGGAAGGUCCCGGAUCCACGGUUUCCAGGCGACGAUGCAAAUCAACAGGCCACAUAUGGUCCUAUUGAAGGCGCUCCCGAUUCUUGAGAACGAUCAUGACUUUGGGGAAUCGGAAUUUCACACCCUUCAGGCCAAGCUCCAGAAUCACGAGAAGUUCGGAAGUCAAUUUAAGCAUCCUGGUUUGGAGCAUGAUUUGCUGUUCAAACCCACCUACGAGCAUGUUGGGGACUACGAUUCCAACUGCGUGGAGUGUGAUAAGAACAAUCUUGUCCAGCGAAAGUCACGCCGUGAGGAUCAGAAAGAAAGCUUUAUAUUCCAUCAAGGACGAAUUGCGACUGGAAAUGCAGUUAUGAUGGACGGCCAGAAGAGAGAUUUGAUCAACGAGCAGUACGGCGACGUUUAUUGCAUCGAGAUGGAGGCAGCGGGCGUGGACAUCAACAGCAACUGUCUCGUGAUCCGAGGGAUCUCUGACUACGCCGACUCUCACAAGAGUGACCUGUGGAGGUCAUAUGCCGCAGGAAAGGCAGCAGUCUUUGCUCGAGAGCUACUGAACAAGAUUCCAGCGAAAGACGUUAAAGAAAAAAUGGCUACAGUUAACAAACAUUGGCUUGUUCACCGUUCCACAAAUCCGCACUUCACCGGACGGCACAAUAUCAUCGACAAGAUUGUCAGAGCGAUCAGCCCCGAGCCCACGACAGAUCAACAGCGGCGGUUUGUCGUGACUGGUAUGGGUGGUCAGGGUAAGAGUGAGAUAUGUCUUCAUGUAGCGAACGAGGUCCGAGACAGGUUCUGGGCAAUAUUCUGGGUCGACGUCAGCACCCAAAACACAGCUGAAAACAACUUCUCCGAGGUUGCAGACGCUCUGGGAUGUCCAAAAAGUAUUGACGAAGUCCGAAAGGCGCUCUCCAAUCUCCCACCGACGAAGACAUGGCUUUUGAUACUGGAUAAUGCGGACGAUCUGCGUAGAGACCAUCAGAUUUACAUACCCUCAGGAAACCGUGGAGCGAUUCUCGUAACAUCCCGGAAUCCCCAAUGCGGACGAUUAGCAUUGGCCGGCGGCUACGAGGAACUCGACAGUUUGCAGGAAGCCGAAUGCAUGCAACUCCUCCGUAGAUCCUCACGAUUGCCUGAGUUCUGGCAAGAAACCUCAGAAGAUACGGCGGCUCUUGUUCUCGUCAAAGAGCUUGCAUACCACACCUUGGCUAUUAAUCACGCUGCAUCGAUGGAAUUUCUCGAAUCGUCGGAGACUGGUGCAUCAGAUGAGACACGCAAAGAUGCACUCCGGCUGCUGCAUAUCCUCUCGACGUUUCACCAUGAGAGCGUACCUCUCGACAUCCUGAUAGAUGCAUGCGAGGGAUCUGAAAAAGCACUGCAGACCCCUAAGGAAUGGGAGAUGGACUCUGGAUGGCUGACAGCCUGGCAUGUGGCACAAGUUCCCGACCUCGUCAGGACGGAGAAAGACAAUGCGAGAUUUCGAAUCACUGAGGCAGUGGCGCGGCUCGAAGCGCUCGCACUGGUGAAAACUGACAGUCCCGUGCGGACGGGCGUUUGGAAGUUCGUAUCGAUGCACCCGCUCGUGCACGGCUGGGCGCGUGACCGCCACCGCGGGGAAAAGAAGAAGGCGGCGUUGCGGAUGAGCCAAUGCAUUGUCGCGCUGGGAAUUUAUGGAUGUCGCGGUUGGCGCCCAUAUCAUAUCCAGUUCAGAACUCAUUUGUGGCAGCUGGUCGAUUCGGACGCAGACUUGGUCGACGACGCGGCUCAAUCUAGACGGAUUUUGCAGAUGUGCGUGAGCAUUGCAUGGGUUUUCAAGAGCAUGAGACUUGAAACAGAUAUGUACAAAUUGGCAAAUCGAAUCUUGCAUCGGUCAGGCCUCUACGACCAGGAACCCACCGAAGAACUCCGGGAGUUAUAUUGCUUGUUCGCAUUAGCUGUUGGUGGGGUGGGAAGCCGGCCAGCAGAAACAGUGCGGGCAUUUGAAAAAAUAGCGCGGCUCGACGAGCAAACACGCGGUGAGAAUGACCGGUGGCGGCUGGAAAACUUGCGCCGCCUCGGAUGGGCGUAUCAGAAGAAUGGACAGACAAAGGAGGCAGUCGCGUUGUUGCGGAAAGUGGUCAGAGCGUUUCAGGAGCUAGGCGAAGAGCAUGAGUCUCUACUCAACGCGCAACACGCCCUCGCAAGUGCACUGGGGGACAACAACGAAACUGAAGAAGCUGCUGUGUUGCUUGAAAAGGUGGUCGAAAUCGAUGAGAGACUUCUCCCAGCAGACCACCCUGACCUACUUACAUCACAGCACAGUCUCGCUGUUGCAUACCUCAAGAACGGGCAGGUUGCAGAAGCCACGGCCCGAUUGGAGGAGGUGGUCAAGCAUAACGCACAGACCCUCGGCGAGGAACACCACCAUACGGCAACAAUACUGGCUUGGCUUGCUGAUGCAUAUCUGCGGGCCGGCAGGGUGACAGAUGCUAUCGAGUUACGCGAGCGGGUAGUCAAUAUUCAAAAAUACACCCACGAUGAGAAACACCCUGAUCUUCUAACAUCACAGAACAACCUUGCUGUAGCAUACUUCAAGGUUGGAAAAGUGUCGGAAGCUGUUGGGUUGCUUGAAUGGGUGGUCAACAUCAGAAGGUCUACACUCGAACCAAAAAACGGUGCUCUAUUGACAUCACAGCUCUGCCUAGCUCAAGCUUAUCUGGAGGCUGAAAGAGUGCCGGAAGCUAUCGAGAUACUUGAGCGGGUGAUUGAGGUGGCCAGAUCGUGGUACGAUGAAGGCAACCCCGGCAGGGUAAGAUCACAGAGACUGCUUGACAAAGCAUACGCAAUGUGCGACUACCCUUCUUCACAGUCGUCAGAGACAUCACUCUCAGUAUCGGAGACGUCUCAGCUAGAUCCUUUCUCUGAGUUGGUGGAGGAACGGGCUUCGGCUGACCCCGACUGUGCUCCUGGUGUCGAGGCUGCAUAG